UUAGGGUUUAGAGGAUGUUGCUGCAGAAUCGCAGGGAGCUGGCGAUUUGCACACCCUCGCUUGCGAUCUGCUCGCCAUUGCCAUGGCUGCUCAAGCUGUCCCUGCGCUCCAAGUGCGACCAUCGACGUCUGCAUUCGCUUCGAAUGUGGACUCUCGGCCGCUGAAAACAGUGUCUGAUGUGUCCUUUGUUCGCUUUAGGUCCUCGUGUGCCUGGUCUCGGACAUUUCUGCAGGAGCUCAAGCUUCAUGCGAAGCAGGAGAGAUCGAGAAGUGUAGGUCACGGAUGCCGAGCCGCGGUGUUAGAUUUGUCUGCAGUGCAGCAUCAAAAGGGAGUGGAUCAGGGCAAGUCGUUGAAUACAGCGUUUCCUGUCCGCGACGAUGGCUACAUGUACUGCGAGGAGGUGCGGGUGCAGGAGAUUAUGGACAACGAGGUGGAGGAGUUGCGACCGUUUUAUUUGUACAGCAAGAAGCAGCUGCGGAGGAACUACGAGGCCUACCAGGAGGCGCUGCAAGGGUUGAACUCGAUCAUUGGAUACGCUGUGAAAGCCAACAACAAUUUGAAAAUCAUGCAGCAUUUGCGGGAGCUCGGAAGUGGUGCUGUGCUCGUUAGUGGCACAGAGCUGCGGCUCGCCGUGGAGCACGCGGAUUUCGAUCCUGCCAGGUGUGUUUUCAACGGGAAUGGGAAGCUGUUGGAGGAGUUGGAACUCGCGGCACAGUAUGGUGUGCUCAUUAAUGUGGACAGUGAGUUCGACUUGGCCCAAAUCAUCGAGGCUAGCAGAAUUACCGGGAAGAAGGUUAAGGUGUUGUUGCGGAUCAAUCCUGACGUCGAUCCUCAGGUGCAUCCGUACGUUGCGACGGGGAAUAAAAACUCUAAAUUCGGAAUCCGAAAUGAGAAGUUGUGGUGGUUUUUGGAGCAGGUGAAGUCUCAUCCUGAUAAUCUUGAGCUAGUAGGGGUACAUUGUCACCUUGGAUCAACCAUUACUAAGGUGGACGUAUUCCGAGACGCGGCAGUAGUGAUGGUGGACUUUGUGAACAAAAUUAGGAGCGAGAAUUUCAAUAUUCAGUACUUGAACAUAGGAGGGGGCCUUGGCAUCGAUUACUAUCACAAAGGUGCCGUUCUUCCUACACCGAAGGACCUCAUUGACACGGUUCGGGAAUUGGUGACGAAAGAAGGUCUAACUCUGAUUAUUGAACCGGGGAGAUCAUUGGUUGCGAAUACCUCGGUUUUCGUGAGCAAUGUGACUGGUGUGAAGACGAACGGGACGAAGAACUUCAUCGUGAUAGACGGUAGCAUGUCGGAACUGAUUAGACCAAGUCUUUAUGAUGCCUAUCAACACAUUGAAUUUGUAGCGCCUCCCGCUGAGGGAGCAGAGGCGAAAACUUACGAUGUCGUUGGGCCUGUCUGCGAGUCCGCGGACUUUUUGGGUAAGGAGCGUCAAUUAGCUACACCAAAGCGUGGGGAUGUACUCGUCGUGCACGACGCCGGCGCCUACUGCAUGGCAAUGUCAUCAACAUAUAAUUUGCGGAUGAGAGCUCCAGAAUAUUGGGUGUUGGAGGAUGGAAAGACUGUAGAGAAAAUUAGGCAUGCUGAGCAAUUGGACGAUCAUAUCCGCUACUUUGAAGGCCUGUGAACUAGGGAAUUGCAUCCUUGGUGGAAAAUCUGAAGAGGAAGUCCCAGAAUGCUAUUAUUCUUUGAAGUUUUCUCUAGUUACAUUUAGAGGAAAGAUUUUCUCUAUUCUGAGCGAAUGUUGUAACUACUGCUCCAUUUUAUUUAUUCGCUUUUGGGUUCGGAACCUGCUCAGCUUGUUACAGUGGAAGGCAAUUGAGUUCAACAUAAGCAAUCUGUGUUAA